GGCAGACAGCUCAGAACCGAGUAAAAUAGGAGCCGAUUUUUGGAUAAAUAUUUCGUUUCAAAAUUUUAAAUUCGUUCGCUAAGAUGCAACGAUUGAGGGGCAGGACACAACAUCAGCUUGCGCUCUCACUGUUGGGCAGACGCUUCUACGGCGAUGACGCGUAUGUGUUGGGGGCAACGGCAGCCAUAAUUAAGGGAGAGCUGCGUACGCAGGACGUGUAUGUUCUACCCCGUUCGAAGUAUGGCGGGAUUACCCAUGUCACUCUGCUCUGCGGCGAGACCAUAAUUGGCAAGCAGGGCGCCAAAUAUGUUAGGUCACUGCUGAGCAGUGCCCGAGUGCCGGUCGAUGUGCAGCGCAUCUUCGUGAACCAGGGUCAGGAGUAUUACAAUUCCGUGUUGCGCAAUCGUGCUGCGAUCCAUGUAGAUAUACAGCACGAUUCGCAAGCGAAGAUGAAAUCUUUGAAAAUGUGUAACGACCUGGACUUGAACAUCUUUAUGACCAAUUUGCGCAGCUUUCCGGGCUUCAAUUGUCGCUUUCCGAACGUGGAUAUCCUGUUGAUUGCGCAGAACAAUAUGGGCAACUAUGCCGAACUGGAAUACUCGCCGGUGGAGGGCGUCAUCGAGGGCUUGCGCGUCAUCAAUAGCCACGAUAUUAAGAGAUUUCUGCGCUAUGCCUUCAAGGUGGCCAUUGCAAAGAAGCGACGUAAGGUGACCCUUGUGCACAAGUCGUCCGAGUGGCCAAAGACCGAGGGUGUCUUACUGGACAUCGCAGCCGAAUUGGUGCAGAAAGAGUUUCCCGAUAUUGAGACAGAACCAAUGGAGCUGGACCGUUGUGUAGGGCGUCUCAUACUUAAUCCGCUGAAUUUCGAUGUCGUGGUCACCAGCGAUCUCUACGGCACAUUCAUGGCCACCAUCUGCAGCGCGAUCUGUGGCGGUGCCAACCUGUUCUCAUCGAUCGAAAUUGGCAAGCAUCAUGCGGUGUUCAAGCCAUUGCAAACAAAACUAUCACUAACCAACUAUAAGAUGCUCAGUCCAUAUGGCAUUGUGUCCACCUGUGUCGAUCUGCUGCACCACUUGGGCCAUCAUCAGUGCGCGAAAUCGCUGUGGACCGAAAUGAGGCGGACUAUGGAGGAGGGCAUCAAGACGGGCGAUUUCCAGGGCUCAGAUCGGGGCGAAUAUGUUAUAUGCAACAUUAUGAAUAAGCUGCGCUGCAAUAUGUUUAGCAAAAUCAGCGACACCAAAUAAUCUUUCAUAAGAUUACU